AUGCCCAGGAAAUUUCUGGGGGAGAGGGUCGAAUCGGGUGUCGAUUUUGUGCGGCCUUCUUCAUUGACUUUGACGGCUGAUGACUUACAACAUAUUCCUUUGAAUGGCUUCGAAGUAGAUGAACCAGUGUCUUAUGGGCUGGGCAGUAGAAUUUCUAGGAAAUUUGGUGGUACAAUAAAGCUGAGAAAACGGUUGGAAUCUGUUCCAGAGCUUUUCUUGCAUGAUUUUAAAAAAAAACCAUUCAAGAAGAGACCAAAGAAACCUUCGCUAAGAAGGGUAGAGCCUCCAAAGGUGACAUUACCCACUCUGGCAGAAGAAGUGCCCAAACCGCUGCUUACGGAGGAUGAGAUUGAUAAUAUUUUUGUGACCAAUCGAAUUGUUAUGCCCAUAACGGUACGGCCUCAAACAGGUGCUUUUACAAAAAAUGAUGAUGGGUCCAUGAGCAGCAAUGAACAGUUAUAUGACGAAAUAAUAUCGGCUUACGGUUCUGCUAGCCAGGAUAGGCAUCCACAAUUGCUGAAUUCCGAGAUCGAUAGAGUACUUGAACACAUAAGUCACAGACAACUUACGAAGAAGCCAAUUCCAGUACUUGACCCAACAAUAUAUGACCCUGAAGUAGCUCAGUCAACUAACGUGGAUCUACGUCCUCCAUCGCCAGUCAUGUCAGAAAAAAUCUCAAGCCCCGAAUAUACGGGGACCAGUUCUUCAGAUCGUUGGAGUUCUGGUGAUGAAUUCUCAGACUUAGGCAGUGCUUUAAUAAGUCAAGCACUGGACGAUGAACACUACGUCACGGCAACCAAUUCUCUCCGAUUUACCAACAGUCCUUUCAUUGAACGCGCAGACACGGAGGCAGUACACGACAUACAGCCGGUAAGAUUACAUAGGAUCGAACUGAUUCCAAAGACUUUCACAUUCGACGAUGAAGACAAAAAGUUGUCUGAAGCAGACGAACCUGAGACUUUGAAAUUGACCGAAGUUCAACUUCUACAAAGAAAGAUCGAGUCCAUUGAAAUAGCCAGUUGCAGCAGUAGCAUAUACAGCGAUAAGUAA